GUCUUUUUUUUUUUUCCUUCCUUUCUUAAUUCACUCGAGUUUCUUCUUUCGCUCUUUCGCUUUCACAUUGACUCAUUUCCUCUCAAGUUCUCGUUCUGCACCAGACAGGAACCUCACACCAUCACAACCCAUCCCACUUGAGAACAUAGAAAUAACUACAAAGCCAAUUCUCCUUCUCUUUCUCCCAUUGUUCCCCCCCUUUUUUUUGUCCUUUAUUUCUUUUGUUAUUGUUGUUAUUAUUAUCUUUCAUUCCAUACUCUUUUCUCCCCACAGCCAUGAAUAUAUUAGAGCAGCAGCAGCGAUUGGAGACAGCUCCAUCAGCCUUAAAAAAUAUCCAUGCUCUCGUCUGGAAUAGCAGCACUACCAACAACAUCAAAAGCCAUGAUAAUUCAAUGCCAAUCCUAGACGAUCCUUUACAAAGUGGAGCCCAUGGUGAUGCUUUAGGUCAAAGGACUGAUAGAAUUAAAAGUCCACUAAAUAGUAAAGAGAGAACAGAGGAAGCAAGUCAAAAAAUCAAGCGCAACAACUCUAGUUCAGGCUCACCUCUUUCUUUAUCCAUAUCCACAUCCAACCCCAAUUCCACCAAUUCCUCUUCUUUUGCCGAUCCUCUCUCCCUAAAUAUGACACAAUCGAAACAACAGCAACAACAGGGACAGAAGACGAAGCUUACUGGCACUAGUAGUGAGCAUCCCCUAAAUGUCAGUCAUGCUGAGGAAGAUCAGCCAAUCCGCAGUGACGACGAGAACAGAGAAAGGGAUGGUGACGAUUCUAAUGCAGGGGAAGAUCAAAGAACAGAACAGGCAUAUCCUCUUGACACUGAAGCUGGUCCGCGCGAAAACCAGGGGACGGUUACACAAGAAGAGAGAGACACCCCCAGUCGGAAAGGUCAGGCGAACGGGGUAGUCAAGAACACGAGUAAUCAUAAUCAAAAGCACAGUAAUGAUAAUGAUCACGAUGACAAACACGUCAGUGACAAUAGUACUCUCUCCGGUGUACUGCCUCCUUCCAGUUCUCAAAAGAGGGGGGAGAAUGAGGAGAAAGAGGAGAAAGAGGACAACUAUCAAACCAAACAAAGUUUUCAUGGAUCAAUGGAUGACGAUCACCUCUCGGAUAAUAAUCCUUCCAAUGCUGAUCUCAAGACAAGUACAUGUACUACUUCAGUGACUCCAAUGACCGCCACUGCUACUCCUACCACUAACCCUACUACAUCCGACUGUACUAUAUCUCUGCCCGAUCUUGCUUCAAUAUCGACUAUAUCACCCGAAACAAAGACUUUGGACUUUAAAAGCGGCUCUGCCACACCGCAGAGUGCAGUUCAGGAGGAUCCAAUAGGCAGCGGCUACAGCAGCCAUUACCCAGAACAACAACAACAACAACAACAACAACAACAACAGCUCCUUGCACAACCAUCUCAGCCUAUACGGCGACCCAUCACUAGAGCACGUACACAAUCUUCACCCGUCCAAUCAAGACUGCACAAGCCUUUAGAGCAUCUCUCAGAUUUAGGCCCAUUGGAGGAAGCCAAGCCUGUAAAUACCAUCCACUCUAUCAACUCUAGUGAAGAAUCAGAUAUUCUAUCAAAUCAAAACCCAACUUCAUCAUCAUCAGGUUCUGCAACAACACAUUCGUCCAUUCUAACCCAUACAUCUAAUGUAGGCAAAAGUAGGCGGAAAUCAUCCGCGGACACAUCAAUCCAACAACAACAGCGACAAUCACUACAUCGAUUAUCUCAGCUGUCAGAGUGUCCUUCUUCUUCAACCCUAGUGUCGGAAGGCUCGUCUUCAUCUUAUUCUACUAUUAGGCCGUCGAAAUCAUCAGAUCAGAGGGCUACUGAUAUGGCAGAUGGAGUAGGAGGAGGAGGACUAGUGUGGAGUGGCUCUCACCCGCUCUUGAUGGACUAUACAGUAGAACCCGAAACCUUGGAGGAUGAAAGGUAUCGAGAUUUGAAUACGAUAGUGACUCAAAAUAAUAAGGACCGUAGUAUGAGUAUGAGUGUGGAUACCCGACAGGCGCAUUACCCUAAUCAAACCAAUGGCAAGGAUGUCCCUCCUUUGGAACAGAGUACUAGAAGGAGGAGAAAUACCUCCAAGGCAGAUGGCAAUAGAGGCUGGGCGUAUAAAAGAGAGGGUAAAAAAGAAGGACAUUCAGGUCUCGUGAAUGGCAAAAAUACGACAGGAAGUGUUGGGAAACGUGUGAUCAUUCAUCAGAUUACUCCCACAGACACGCUUGUUGGGAUUGCGCUUUACUAUGGUAUUCAGCUCUCUGUACUUAAAAAAUCCAACAAAUUGUGGACUAAUGAUUCGAUCCAUACUCGCAAGUACCUCUACAUCCCUUUUGAGGAAUGCACAGUAACAAAGCAAGAGGGAGUCCUGGUAGAUGAGGCCAACCAAACAGUGACCUUACCUCAGCGUAUUCGACAGCCAUCCUCACAGCAUUAUCAUUCUCGGUCUGGAUCUGUCAUGAACUCUCAAACAUCAAGAGAUGACUUUGGAAAUGAAUACGCCAGGAAUAAUAACAACAGCAUCCAUGACAGAAACUCAGCUGUAGAUUCAACUCUCUCUGGAAACGCAGCAACAGCUCCUGCUGUCAAAACAGGCAUAAACAUUGGCACUGGUUCACCGCGUGUUGGGACUUGGGUAGAUCCCAAGUCGAUAGCAGCACCACCGAUGUCAUCUCCAACGAUGACUUCUACAUCCCUUACUUUGGAUAACAGCCUUAGGGCUGCACCUGUCUCAUCGCAAACAUUACUUCAUCCUCGUAGAAGCGCCACUGAUUUCAUCGGCGCUGGAACCAAGCAAGCAGGGCCACUAUCAUCUUCAACCUCAUCAACCUCCUCAUCAUCAUCAUCACCAUCGAUGGCAGCAACAGCUGUAUCGGAGAACUUGCCAAACACAGUUGUAGUGCCUCCCUCGAUGACACAUGAAGCUCUCGCAGCACGCUUUAAGGAGAUGGAUUUAGUCACGCAGGAGCAACAACAUCGCAAAGCCCUGGCAGGCCAUCAAGGACAAGGACAAGAGAUGCGUACAAAUCCAGUUCACCAGCGUCAUCGAACGAUGGAUCUAAGACACUAUGCGACAGCACGGAAGUUGAGUCUAUCAGCCGCAACAGCAUCAACAAUGUCGGCAACCACAACAGCAACAACGUCUUCAUCACCAGCGUCGUCGCCAUCAUCUUCCAAUAUUGGUUCAAGGCGAGGCUCUGUGGAUACCGCUAUCACUUCCACCACUACUACGGAACCUGCGGGUGGUAAUCUAUCAGCCAUUAUCACUAAUCGACUUAACCACACGGUUACUGAGGAAGAGGAUACCGGUGGAAAGCAACAACCAUCAUCAUUUUCCUCACAAUCACAGUUACCUCCAAUGCAAAGUGACUUUAUGACAUUUGGAACUCAACAUCACAUCUAUGAGGCGGAUGAUCUGGAUGAAGGACACAGGACCGGUUAUGCAAAUGUAUUAGAUGCUUAUCAUCAUCAUCAACACAACGCUGCUGGAGCUGAUACAGUGGAGACGACGGUGAUGGUUCAACAAGGACUCAUCACAGUCCCCGCAGGCGUCCUGUCCUUUUUCCCAUCACCGGAGCAUUCAAAGAAAUUGGAGACACCAGAGUCAAUUGCCCAGGUGCAAAACCAAGUGGAGAGCAAUUAUAGCUACCAUGCUUCCUCCUUAUCGGGCUCGUCCGUCUCUUCGAGUAGUCUUCGUGAGGCCUUGAGCUCAUCCUUCUCGACAUCAACUUCUUCCCUUCACAAUAGUCAUCGGAAGGUUGGAGGACUGAAGACUGGGACCAAAACCAAAGGGCGAACUGCGUUAAGUGAAGAGACAUUUCAAACGCCAUCGUCUACAACUACAACUAUAACAGCAGCAGGGGCAGUAUCAGACACAAAGCCCUCUACUUCAUCUGCAUCCACAGGUCAAGGAUCCAUUCGAUCGCCUUCUUCGAGACAUCCACGUCGUACUCCUUCUUCCUCUUCUUCAUCUUAUAAUAAUCAUGCACGGUCACCUACAUCACCUGUUUCUGGCAGCACUACUGCUUAUUCAAAGACCCUUCGAGUGAAUCAACCAUAUUACUCUGCUCAGAGAUGGUCCAUGAUGGGUGAAUCCCUUGUGGAUGAGUUAUUAGGUGCAGUCCGAGGACCACUUCAGAUUGCGAGACGUGUAUACAACUUGACUGCAACACUUGGCUUUGGUGACAAUGACAGCGAUAGUGAUAGCAACAACAACGAUAUUAGUAGUAGCAAAAGUGGUCAUUCUAGUUCAAACAAGGAAUCAUCCAACUUUUGGACUGGUCAUGGGACUCGAAGAUGGACAAGCAUUCGUGGAAGUGGUGGAAGACGUCGAAAUAAGGAAUACCAUACCUCGGCCAUUGAGCUUCAACAAGCCUUUAUUUUCUCGGCUGCAACAACCAAAGCCAAGACCACAACCACGACCACGACUGCAACUGCUACUAUGUUUGCUACUGGCAGUGGCAGUGGCAGUACAAGUGGAAGUGGUAUGGGCACAAGCACUAGCACUAGCAUUGCUAAUGGUCCUGCUCAUGGUACUUUGAAUGGUACUGAUAAUAAUGGUCCUAUCAACACUACCAGCACUACCACCGCUAUUAGCACCACCCUCACACCCCCUACCCCUACCAAACUAUCAUUUGCUCCUGUGGUUAACAAAAAUGGAACUGACGAGACACCAGGCAGUCCAACAACGACAACGUCCCGUUCAACACGUCGAACGCCAAGCACUAGUAGUAGUAAUCAGAGUUCUGUCAGGAAACGAUCUUUAAGAUCUUCUAAUCCUGUCAACCGUGCAGCCCUUGUGGCCCUCGUCAACGAAUUGGAGAAGGAUAAUAAGCGAGAACGAGAACAAGAGAAGGAAAAACAAUAUACAAGCAACACUAACAGUGAUAACAUAAACUCUCUGUCAACACAGGCCAAAGACAUCUUAUCACCUCUUUGAUACCCUCACCCACCUUCCUCUAAAAAAAACUCAGAAAUAAAG